AUAUACCUGAUUUGGCCCCGUAACUCACCAGGACUGAGGACCAGCUUCUCACUUGGAAGGAAAUCCUAAGCAGAGCAGAGAAACGACAUGGCAUUCAAAUCAGCUCUUCUUCUGUUGGCUUUGGUUGCCUUUACCUACGCAGAAGCAUUCACCAGUGAAGCACUGGACUGCUGUUUAAGCACCAGCAGCAAGAUGAUUCCUGCCAGAAGAGUAAAGUCAUACGUCAGGCAGACGGUGAACAGCGGCUGCCAAAUGCCUGCAAUUCAAUUCAUCACAAAAAAAAACAUGAAACUUUGUGCACCAGUUCCAGAAGAUAAUAACUGGGCAGCUAAACUCAUGGAUCUACUGGACCGAAAACAGCAAAGAAAAUGA